AUGAAAUUCAGUUCUAAGUACCUAUCAACUGGUUUUAAGGAUAAAACUUGCAAAGUUUGGGAUAUUGAAAAACAAUUCAAAUUAGUAAAUACAAUUUAACGAGAAAACAAAGAAGCUACUUCUUUGCUAUGGAAUAUCUAAAAUAUAUUUGAAUUAUAAAAAGUAAUUUAGGAUCACACUGAAAUGAUAAUAUGCGUUGCAUUUUCAAACGAUAAUAAACAUCUUGCUACUUCUUCUUUUGACUAGACAUAUAGGAUAUGGGAUAAUUAGAAAGGAUUUGUAUAAUCAAAUAUAAUCUAAGGGGAAACAGAGUUAAUGUAUUUUGUUUCCUUUUCUAUUGAUUAUAUUUAGGAAGGAUUCAAACUCAAAUAUACACUUGAAGAUGAAGUCUAUAAUUUAGCAUCUAUGUCUUUCUCUGAUGAUGGAAAAUACUUCUCUAUAGGAUCAGAGAUAAUAAAUGUAAAAUAUGGGACUCAACAUAAUUUUCUAAAGUCAGCAGAUACUUACUUAAAUGCUCUAAAGUUCAGGUAGAAUAUUGGAUUUAAAAAAUGCGUUCUUAUAAAUGUAUCAUAAAAACAAACACGCCAAAGAAUUAUAUGA